AUGGCGGGAAUAGCAAUUGUCUUAGAUCUGCUGAGAAAAAACCCAAGUCUUACAACCCAAAGCCUACACGCUUCUGGGUUUUUCUCCGCUAAAGCAGCCGCUGCAGCCGCCUCCGUCGCCGCUGGAGCUCCUUACGUUUACAAGUCCUUCUUCAGUAAUUUUAGGGUUCCAGUUGCCUAUUGUGAUGCUGGAGCAACAUUGUCUGAAGAUUACACCUCUAAUGUACGAAGUGCAUCCUUAAAAAUAUUUCAGAAUGAAUCUGUGAAUUUCGGUACCAAGGAAUACACAAUCGAGUUAAAGCCUCAAUUCUCAGCUUUCGAAUUGAGAGCUCUAACUCUGAUGACUCUGAGGUCAUUUUUGAUGUUCUACUUACCUCUUCUGGAGCCUCGUAGAAACUUGCAAGAGGACGAUGAUGACUUUCUGCGGGACACUGAAGAAGAACAACAUGUAGAUUAUGUUGCUCCAUUCAAAAAAUCACUAAAGAAAAUUGCUCGUGAUGCUACUGUCUCAACCACUAAACGGAUUCUAGAAAGAAUUUCUGUUCAUUAUGUGUCACAGAGAAUGGCAUGGAAACUUCUGAAAGAUACCUCAAAGUCUGCGAUGAGGAAAGCUGGAAGAAGAAUGCCAACAUACGUUUUCUUCUUCAGUGUUAGCAAGAUGACUAUGAGAGGACACUUUCUAGAUGUUGCAGCAUCUUGGAUCAUCUCAGUUAGCAUUGAUAUCUACCGAACUUUUUCUGGAAUGACAAACUCUAAAGAAGUGGUUGAUGAAAUUGAUACACCACAAAAGCUUAAACGUCUUGGGAAUAAGGUUUGGGGCACUACUUUCAGGUGUGGUGCAUCACUUAUUUUUGCUUCGAUUGGGGCAGGUAUUGGCGCCACUCUUUUUCGCCCUUCAACUGGCCAGUGGAUUGGUCGUAUUCUGGGAGAUGUGGCCGGGCCUAUUAUUGUCUCAUAUUGCCUUGAGAAGUCUUUCCAUGCAAAACUUUAG